AUGGACUAUGGUACAGUGUAUAGAGGGACCAUAAAGGAAUCAAAAUUUCAAGUGGCAGUGAAGGUUUUCAACCUCGAGAUGCGAGGUGCGGAGAGAAGCUUCAUGGCAGAAUGUGAAGCAUUGAGAAGCAUUCAACAUCGAAAUCUUCUUCCCAUCAUAACUGCAAGCUCGACAGUGGACAAUAUAGGCAAUGUUUUUAAAGCUUUAGUUUGCGAAUUCAUGCCUAACGGCAACCUAGACUCGUGGAUACACCAGAAAGGGGAUGGAAAAGCUGCAAAGCGUCUAGGCCUAACUCAAACAAUAAGCAUAGCUGCUAACAUUGCUGAUGCACUGGACUAUUUACACCACGAUUGCGGAAGGCCCACUGUUCAUUGCGAUUUGAAGCCCAGCAACGUUCUUUUGGAUGAAGACAUGAAUGCGCUUUUAGGAGACUUCGGCAUCGCAAGGUUUUAUGCUGAUUCUCGCUUGAUACCACCAGGUUCAAUUAGUUCCAUCGGUGUGAAGGGGACCAUAGGCUACAUUGCUCCAGAGUAUGCUCAAGGUGGUCAUGCAUCAAUUUCCGGAGAUUCUUACAGUUUCGGGAUAGUACUUCUAGAGAUGAUGACAGGCAAAAGGCCAACAGAUCCUAUGUUCAUGGACGGACUCAACCUUGUCAACUUUGUGGAGCGCAAUUUUCCACAUCAAAUCUAUAACGUCAUUGAUCCUCAACUCCAAGAAGAGUGCAAGGACCUAGCACAGAAUAAGAUGGUACCAGAAAAUGUAGUACACCAAUGCUUGGCGUCAUUGCUGCAAGCUGCACUUUGCUGUGCACAUUCAUUACCAAGCGAACGAGCCAAUAUGAAAGAAACAGCCAGCAACAUUCAUGAAAUCAAGACGUCACAUCUUGGAUGGAAAUUGCAGAAAUAA